UAUCAGCAACCAAAACUGCAAUGGCAGCAAAAAAAUCAGACCGCAUUAAACCGGUUGAAACACUGGUUUUGGCAAAUAUUGCAUUUAAAGCGGAACAAAAACGUUUGAAUGGUGACAACAGUGCCGGUCGCAAAGAAGAUGAAAGGAUUACGACUGCGGUUAUGAAAGUUUUAGAAGGAUAUGACUGGAAUUUAGUUCAGGCAUCCGCCAAACAACCUUCAGAUCGUAAAAAGGAUCAUAUAAAACGUCCCAUGAAUGCGUUUAUGGUAUGGGCGCAGGCAGCCAGACGAGUAAUGUCUCAACAACAUCCACAUUUACAAAAUUCUGAGCUGAGUAAAUCUUUAGGCAAAUUAUGGAAAAAUCUCAAGGAUACGGACAAACAACCUUUUAUGGAUGUUGCGGAAAAACUACGAAAAACUCAUAAGCAAGAACAUCCUGAUUAUAAAUACCAGCCAAGAAGGAAGAAAGGUCGUAAUUUAGCGACGACUACAGCUCAAUGCAAUGGCGGCUCAAAGUCAAGUUUAAUGCCACAAAACACAUUAAACGCAACAGUGACAGAAAAUGCAGCCAUUGUUGAGGAUAAAUGUAGUAAUAGCACAAAUGUUCGAACAAGAACUUCUGAUAGUCACUUGCUUAGCAAUCGAUUAAAUGCCAAACAACAGCGACAGCAAACACAAUUGCAACAACAACAUGUGAAUAGAAAUACAAAUGUAUUACAUGCAGAGAUAAGUGCACUUAACAAUGAAGCAUUAAUGGAAAACUUAAGUAGUGCAUGUAAAGCCACUUUACUUACGCAGAAUCAUGAUUUGCAUGACGUAUUAAUGGCUUUACCAAAAUGCGGUAACGCUGAAAGCUUAGAUUCCACUGGGAAACGUUGCGAUUAUGCGGCGAAACGUUUAGAUUCUCCCUGUUCAACGACAAGUUCAUUGCCCUCGACAGGUGCCAGCGCCACAGAUGGUCAACCUUUAACCCCACCAGCUACACCAUAUGCCCGUUCCCUUUUAGGUCAAACGUCGGUGGGACGUACGACACAUAUGCCGCAAAUAGUUGAUAGUUCAACUGCUGAAUACAAUUUGCUAAAUAUUGAGGGACGAGAAUUUAUAACAUUGGAUGAUUGUCAGUUUGGUUCAAGCAUAAAUGCAUCAUCGUCUGAAAGAUUGACUGACGAGCUACCUUCCUAUUCAAUGCAAUUUUCCGCAAAUCGUUCAUAUAUACCGCAAAAUUCCUUAGAAUUUCAACCGUAUGGCUCAAGUUGUGGUUAUGCUUUACCGUCUGUUUCUUCGUCCGUUAUAUUUAGCAAUGUUGAGUGUGGCUCAUCGCCUACGUCACACACCAUCGAACCGAUAAAUUACUUUAACAUGCCCUCUCCGAUAACAACAAAGAGUAGCGAACGCGUGGUAGUACAUACAACCGCAGAACAUGGAAAUGAUUAUUUGGCGCCGAUGGCGGCCUCUCUUCAAACCACAACCACUACGCAUGAUGAAGACAUUGAAGUUGAUAUAGAUGAACAAUACUUUAUGGAACAAAUAAUACCAUCAGUACCGAACAAUAAUCAUAUAGAACAUAGAAAUAUUGCAACCACUACAACAAUGUUAAAUACUACACCUACGAAUGCUUCCACGAGGGCGAUGACUACAUUAGCUUCAACGUUAUCAACAUCUGGCUCCGCAAAUAUAACUAAUUCCGCAAAAUCGUCGCUACAGCAUAAAAUUCACCAUAACACACACAUGUUACCAUCAUCAGAAACUACAGGACUACAAGCGAAGGCAUUGGUUGAGCCGUCCUUGACAUCAUCGUUAAAAUGUAAUAGUAUUGCAAAUCAUUCACCAAUAGUCGCACCUUCGCACGGCAGUGACAAUUUCAAUUGCCUCUAUUCAAUAUCACAGCAUACCCAUGCGACUUUAACGGCGGCGACAACAAAAGCAACGGCAACAACAAUACAUACACUAAGCGCACACCAGCAAGACCAAUUGUGUUCAAUGUAUGGAAUGGAAGGCCAACAACAACAGCAUUGCUAUGAACAUCAUAGCCAUCAUGAGCAAAGCAUGCAGCAGCAGGAACACCAAGCGAUUAGUGAUAUUCCGGGACCAUUAACGGUGCGAAAAGUAUCACCUUUGCAUUCACAAUCACUUUGUUAUUCACCUACGCAACAAGUUCUAUGGAAUGGUUACGUGCAACCGUAA